AUUAUCACUAAAAAUGCAGACAAUGACAUUGAAGGUAUCUCCAGAGAAGAUGAUUAAGCUGAAAAUUAAACAGUGUGAUAAUAGUGCUAAUCCAAAUGAAAUCAGGCUGGCCAAGAACUCUUUGGUAGUUAAACCUUUGGCCAUUGAGAGGAAAAUUAAGAAGAAAAAUAUUGAUUUACAGUCUGUUGUUCUUGGGGAAAAUAAUCUUUCUACAAAUACCUCUCUUGGGAGAAAAGCAUUUGUGGGAAAUAAACGAUCUUUGAAGGAAGUUAACUCAGUAGUUGUGCAUGCUCUAGCUGGGAAAAAGCAUGCUUUGAGUCAUAAAUCUUCCAGGUUGCUUAAGUUCAAUGAGGGUAUUGUAGAUUUAAGCACAACCCAAAAUCCAAUCGAAGCCUUUAACUCAAAAAUGAAUUUUGAAACAGAAAUAUCUCCUUUAGACCUUGGUCCCAGAUAUCACCCUUCAGAGGAUGGAAUAAAUUUUAAUGUCUUUCCGGAUGAUCAAAAAUUAAAAGACAAGAAAACGGUUCUUUUUAAGACCUCUAGUGAUCAUUCAAGAAUUGUCAAACAAAAAUGCUAUUUCAGGAAUACAGCACUGACCCAAAGGAGAGAUGCCACUUCGAGGAAUUUGAAUGUUGAAGAUACUAAAAUUCCUGAAGAUAAUAGUAGCUGAAAUAACACCCAGAAUUCGUUGAUAAAAAGACCAAUUUAUAGCCAGAAUAGGAAGGAAGAAGGUAAUAAGGUUCCAAUUUCAAGGAAGGCAGAUAAUUUGGAUCUCAAGUUAACAAAAGUUGAGGAGGAUAAAGCUCAAGAAGAGAAACCUCUUUACCCCAGAAAUCUCAGAAGCCAAAAAGUUCCUCAGAAUCGUUCAAAGACGGAGGAAUCAGGAUUUCUUGGGUACAAUGAAAUGAAUCCAAGAUCAAUGAAUAACUCAGUUCUACUCGAGUUCUAUGACUCUAGAAUGCAAGGAUUGAGUAAAGGCAAGGAGAAGCAAAAAUAGGAACAUCAAUGCACUUAAGAUCCCCUCCUUUAAAAACUUUUCUAGUGGCAAUAAUCAGCAGUUGUUGAACUUUAAGAAGAGAAAAACGAGCUUAUUGAGACGGAUCAAUGAUGUUCACAAAGGAAAUGUCUCUGGGAGAUCUGAAAUCAGCAAACCAAUCGUGAGAAAUAAGGAUAUCAAGCUCUCCUCUUUGAAAGAGUUUGAUUCAACCGCUUCUUUAGUAAAAUCAUUCCAAAGGACUCCUACUAGUGUGCAACAGAGGCAGAAUUUGCCAAAGAUCUCUCCAAUGAAGUCAUUUUGGAGCAACACGCCUCAGAGUUCAGGGUUGAGGAUGAAUUUCUCCAGCUUUGAGCCCAAAAAUGAAGGAAGAAAAUACCUUAUCUCAAAAUAUCAGAAUGAUGUGACCAUAGAGAAGUUCAAGCAAAGGGCACGGUACUUCUCCCACCAGAGGAGCAUGAUAAUGAAAGGAAAAUAAUUAUUCAACAUUUAGCAGGCACAAUGGGGU